GGCAAGAACAAAAGAGCUAGCUUUUUAUCUGCAGAGAUCGAUUGCUUGAUUGUGGAAAAAAAGAGAAGAAAACACACAAAAAUGGGGAGGGGAAGGGUUGAGUUGAAGAGGAUUGAGAACAAGAUCAACCGGCAGGUGACUUUUGCUAAGAGAAGGAAUGGCCUUUUGAAGAAAGCCUAUGAGCUUUCCGUUCUUUGUGAUGCCGAGGUUGCUCUCAUCAUCUUCUCCAAUAGAGGAAAGCUGUACGAGUUUUGCAGUAGUUCAAGCAUGCUGAAAACACUAGAGAGGUACCAGAAGUGCAACUAUGGAGCUCCAGAGCCAAAUGUCUCAUCAAGGGAGGCUCUGGAGCUAAGUAGUCAGCAAGAAUAUCUGAAGCUUAAAGCACGUUAUGAAGCCCUACAAAGAUCACAGAAGAAUCUCCUGGGGGAAGAUCUGGGCCCUCUUAGCAGCAAGGAGCUUGAGUCCCUUGAAAGGCAGCUCGAUUCCUCGUUGAAACAAAUCAGAUCAACCAGGACUCAAUACAUGCUGGAUCAGCUUACUGAUCUCCAGAGGAAGGAACACCUCCUAAAUGAAGCCAAUAAGACCUUGAAACAAAGGUUGGUGGAAGGCUACCAAGUAAGCUCCAUGCACUUGAAUCCAAAUGCAGAAGAUGUGGGAUACGGUCGACAACCUGUUCAGCCCCAGGGCGAUGCCUUCUACCAUCCUUUGGAGUGUGAACCCACAUUACAAAUUGGAUACCCAACUGACCCAAUAUCGGUGGUCACUGCCGGUCCAAGUGUCAAUAAUUACAUGGGAGGAUGGUUAGCUUAAUAAGAUGAAGGUAUGAUGGCAUGAUGCCAUAAUGGCAAGUCUUCUUGCGCAUGCUUUCUCUCAUAAGUUUCGGCAAAUUAGUCUCUUUUGUAUGUUAUUUUGAAGUGAAACAUGUAACACUAUGGAUUCAUUGCAUCUUAGGAGCUCUAUAAUUAACGUUUGUGUGUGUGUGUGCGCGUGUUUAUGUAUCAUGCAUCUUGCAUUUUAGUAACUUUGCUUGGAAUAAUUGUUGUUUGCAUGCAUGUAAAAGGAUUCUGUCAAUCAUUUUUCUUUUGUAUACCGCAUGAAGUCUGUUU